CACAUCUGGAAGCAUCUGCACACUUUGAAUGACUAAUAGAAGCGAAUAUUUGAUAACUUUCAACUUGUAACUGCAGGAAUUGACAAGUAGGUGUUAAACAUGGAUGACAAAGAUGAUCUGGAUGAUUCCUUGAAUGGAGAAUUUCCCAGUCCAAGGAAAGAUAGUGAUGAUGCAUUGAGUUCCUCUGCAGACUCAGAAAAAAUGACAGAGUCCAAACGUAGAAGAAUGAAUACUCCAAGCCCAGCAUUUAUGGUUGCAGCAUCUCCCCCAAGGUUUAUUUCAUUUGACCAGUUGAUGACAGCUGCAAAUGGCAUUGCUAACAUGAGCCUUGCACAUGAGAUUGCUGUAGAUUCCAACUUCAAACUUGAAAAACUAGAGCCAGAGCAGAACAGCAUUGAAAAACAAGUGAAAGAAAUAAUGCACAAGGCAUUUUGGGAUGCUCUUGAUGAAAAGUUAAAGGACCCUCCUGACUAUUCACAUGCCAUUGUAUUGAUGGAAGAAGUCAAGCAGAAUCUCCUUGGAAUAUUGUUGCCACAGCAUCAGCGCCUCAAAGCACAUAUCAAUGAAGUGCUGGACAUGGAUCUCAUUAGACAGAAGAUUGACAAUGAUGCUUUUGAUUUUCAUUAUUAUGCUGAAUUUGUAAUUUCUAUUAUGGCCCGACUCUGUGCCCCAGCCAGAGAUGAAAGGAUUAAAAAUCUGAGGGAAAUUAAAGAAGUUGUCCCUCUCUAUAAGGAGAUGUUUGAAGUGUUAGACCUAAUGAAGAUGGACAUGGCCAACUUCACCAUUCAGCAAAUGAGACCCUACUUACAACAGCAGUCUGUGGACUAUGAAAAGAAAAAGUUUCAAGAGUUUUUGAAAACACAACAAGAGGCUGGAACAAAUGGUUUGGAGUUCACCAGUGCUUGGUUGGAGAGGAGUGUGGAUAAGUUAGAAAAGCUGCAGGAAAAGGCAAGCCAGUCUGCAGAGGCUGAGGCUACAGCAACGCCACCUACUUAUGUGACUCCUGCCAGGAUCAUCAAUGAAGCUUACAUGGAGCUGCUCGAGUGGAGAGAUGAAACUGUGUUUCCAGAGACCCUGUUGAUGGACCAGUCUAGAUAUUUGGAACUCAGAGACAAGACUUGGAGGUUUUCCCUGGUAUCAUCGAUUCUACUUGUGACAUACAACACUGUGGGGGCCCCUAUUGCUGGAGUGAAGGAUCUCAAAGACAAACUGAAAACUGAACUAAUGGUAUUGUUGCAGGGUGUUAAUGAGAGUCAGAUUCAUGAUCUGAUAGGUAGCAUAGCUGACAGAAUAAUCACUGAUGUGCAGGCAUCUUUAAAAGAACACAGUUUCCCAGCUAUGGAUGAAGCACGAAUAAAAGUGCUGAAGGGUCAGAUUACAGAUGUUGUGAAGCAGGACCAUACAGUGAACAAAUUGAUCAAAACCAGAGUUUUGGACUUCAUCCGUGACACCCUGAUGUCCAAUCACAGAUCUCCUCUCAAAAUACCUCCUGGACUUUCUGCUGUAGAACAUGAACUCAGUGAAGUCUGUGGCCAGUUCCUCCGCCUCAUUGCUCACAACAAGGCAGUAUUUGGUUACUGGUAUUCUGACAUUAUAAGUAAGCUGCUGAAACUGCAAGAGGACUUAUCACCAAGCUCACCUGCCAAAAAGGCUUAAGAUGGUCAUUAUUGUCUUAGCUUCUGAAUAGGUACUCAAACUUGCCUGAACAAAAAGUGUACCAAACUUCAUGUAGAUAAACAGCUGAAAUAAGGCUGAAUUGUAAUGAAAAGUGGAGACUUGCCUCUUUUGGCACAGUCAGCGAAACAAAUGGUGGAAUUCAUUAGGUUUUUGAUGCCAGAAGUCAUAUGUUAUGCCAUGCAGAAUUUAUGGUUAGAUAAGGGAGAAAUUCUGAUGCAGUAAGAUGAUCAUGUGAUAGUUUCAAAGUGUUGAAUAAAAAAUAAAGUCUUGUUGAAGACAUAUAUGUCUUUAAGGUAGAAUGUGCCAGGUUCAAGACACAACAUCAUAAGGUGCUUUGAUUAUUCCACGCAUCAAAAGUGAAUGUAUAUACAUUUAUUGAUUAUUUAUCUGAUGAUGAUUUUUAUGGAUAGGCACUAUGUGUCUGGACAUUUGUAAUAUUAUAACAAGGUCUUUAAUUGCCUUUUAUUGAUCAUAUUUGAGAUUAGCAUUGCUUUAGAAAACUUUUGAACAAUGUUUGAUGAGGAAGUUUUUGUUUUUGUCCUGUCGGUUUUAAUUCAAGAUUUAGGCAAGAAUGAAUUGGAGUGAAUGUUUAUCAUAAUCAUACAUAUGGCAUCUCAGGGUGUGUUAAUGAAAUGCAUUUGUCAUGUGUGAAACUAUUUAAAAGUUGUAUAUCCAUUUUGUGGUCUUAAAAGACAAGUCUUGGAGGCAAAAUUAGUCAAUACUCUCUUUUGCUGGCUUUCAUACCAUGACAAAAUGAUAUAUUUAAGUGAAUAUUGUUUGCAAUUGAUAAUUCAUUAAUAUUAAACAUUUUGUUCCAUCCAUUUUAGGAGUCCACAUAUCAUCUAAAUUAUGACAAAUAUACAUGGCAGUAGAAAGGAUGGUUAUGGAUAGAAUAGCCCAAGAUAUGCAUUGUUGAAUGGAUGGCGAUUAUCAUGAGUGGUUUGUGUGGGUGUGCAUUCUUAUAUUUGUAAAAAAAAAGACAGCUUUCAGUAGUUUCUACCAAAGAGGACCCUGUGAUGCAGCCUUUAAAUGGUUAAUAAUGCUUUUCUUGUAGGAACGAGAUCACCUUGUUAUAUUUAGGAUAAAAGGAAUAGAUAUUUUAUGCUCAUAGAUACAAAAGAAAAUAUUUUUGUUCUAGAUUCAUAGAUACUUCUUAGUGGGCAAAAAGAAAUUUUAACUUUAUGAUAUAUUUACAAUGACUGUCCUGUACUAGAAUAUUUAAUUGUACUCUUAAAAAAAAGAUGAGAUAAAUGUACCUUGAA